AUACAUGAUGGCGUUGUAUCAGUGGUUAUUAAUGCUUUAUUCCUUUCUCUGGAUAUCAUACAUUGAAUGUAAUCAUUACAUAUGUGAGGUUUGCAAAUGUGCAUAUUUGAAAACAGGAUUAAAAAUUGACUGCGAUGAGCGACUCCGUAUGGCUUCCAACAUUACUUCUUUCCCAGAAGAGACUGUUUGGAUAGAUCUAAGAAGAAACAACAUCAGAAAGAUAAAAUGGAGAUUUCCAAAGAAAAUCAGACAUAUUGAUCUGUCGCAAAAUGCAGUUUCGUCUCUCUCCGGUAAACCGUUCGAAAAACUACAAUUUUUGGAAUAUCUUAACCUUGAGGACAAUAAAAUUGUCCUGUCUGAAACAAACUAUUAUCCUGAUUUAUUCUUUCAUCUUGACCGAUUGCAGGUUUUGAAUAUCAAGAACAACACAAAGACAUUUUCAAAAGCAUCUGGCAUAGAUAAAGCAUUUUCAAAACUUCAGUCAUUAGAGACAUUGAAGAUGGAUUUACCAUUCAAUUUCAAAUUUGGUGGCGGAUUUAAAUAUCUUCAGAAUUUACAGAAUCUUGAUGUUUCCGGAAUAACAGGACAAUGUAAUAUAAAAUAUCUUUCUAAAAGCUUUUUCAUCAACAUUCCAUUUCUAAAGAGAAUUGAUUUAAGUAACUGCAAAAUAUCGAAAGUGGAUGAAGGUCCCUUCACAGCUCUUCGUCAUUUGGAAUAUCUCGACAUCUCUCAUAACAAAGAAUUAGGAUUUGCUUCUCUCCCAAAUGUUACUAAUGGUCUGAAAGAGACUUCUAUUCGAACGUUUCGUGCUGAUGCUAUCCGUUGUCUUAUAGGAAAAGGAACUGAGCUUGCCGUUUCACAUAUUGCAAACUUACGACAAACAAAACUCACUGAAGCUUCAUUUGCACACAAUAGGAUUGAGCUAAUUGGAAAAGGGGUUUUGCCGAACAUGCCAAAAACCCUUGAGAGGCUGUCUUUUGCACUCAAUCGACUUACAACAGGAAUUUAUCUAUUUGAAUUUCACACAUUGCAUAAUUUGAAAGAAUUUAAUAUAACUUUUCUUUUGAAACCACCAAAAUAUUUUUCCUUUGUGUUUGAAAAAUGCAACGAAAAGGAAGAUUUGAACUCCAAAAUAUCACUGAGUGCAAGAUAUUCAGAGUCAUAUUUUAAAUUUCAUCGUUCUUCAAAUAUAACAAUGUAUAUGCCACCGAACCUUGAAACAUUUUAUGCAAAUUCAAGCAAGUUGUACGGUAGAAUACCGAAAUUCAGAAUAAACGCAAGAAGUUUAAAGAAUGUGUACGCGCAGAACAAUUUAUUGUUUUCUUGGAAUCAACCUCUAUUUGGGAUUGAAAUGCUUGAAAGGGUAGAUUUAUCGAAUAAUCUUUGCUCUAGUAUAUCUCCAGCUUUUACAGCAAGUGGCAAGAGUCUUAAACAUUUAAAUAUGGCCAGAAACCUUUUGGCACGUUCAAUACAUUUAGAUAACAGAUGCCAGCUAUUUAAAAAUCAACUCCUAUUGGAAGAACUUGAUCUGUCAAGCAACAGACUUGCAUAUUUACCAAAUUGUAUAUUUCAAAACAUGGCGAAAUUGAAAGUUCUUAGACUGAAUCAUAAUCAGCUGUCUUAUGUGAAUUUCAGAAUCAAGCAUAUGUAUAAUCUUUCGUUCGUCGAUUUGUCAGACAAUCGGAUAAAUACCUUUUCAGAUCAAGCAAUGGAUUCGUUUUCAUACAUUUUCUCAAAAUCAAAGGUAAUCAGGACAAAGAUUUGGCACAUAAGGUAUUUCUUGUAUAAACAUAAAAGAAAAAAUGGAGUUGAGAUUCCAAGAAAAGAUGGAUCUGAAAUAUCUAGUUUGGUUGCAGAAUCGGAUACGCUGAGUUUGAUUACACACAAAUUUUCCUAUAAUUCAGCUGAAAGUCAUCCUUGCAGGAUGCUAAGAAUAUUGUCCUUUUCCUACCAUGCAUACAUCUCCUAUGUGGGAUAUGAUAGGGCGUUUGUCUUCCAGAAAAUGAAGCCCAAAUUGGAAGAAAGUGGGAUUAAAAUUUUUUUGCGUGAUAUUCACUUUGACAUUGGUGAUGGAAAAAUUCAUAAUAUCAUGAAAGCUAUAAGCGAGAGCAGGAAAACUAUUUGUGUUGUAUCCAAAGCGUACCUAAACUCCAAAUGGCGAACAUAUGAAAUGAACAUGGCUAAGAUGGAAAGCAUAAAAGAGAGGGGAUCUCUGGGAUAUGUCCAUCUCAUUCUCAUGCCAGAUAUUUUCGAGGGUGGAUGUAAUAUGAAAAUAAAAGAUUUUAUCGAUCAAAAGUAUUUCAUCGACUAUCCUCCUGAAGACUCCUGCUUACGGGAAGCAUUCUGGGAAGAUCUGAUCUGUAUUAUAAAAAGUCCUUAUUUGUAAUGCAUCUGG